AAAGGCGUAUGCAGAGGGAUUUACUCAUCGGCGAAAGUGUGAGGAGACAGCUUUCUGAGUAUCAAGCGAAAGGGUACAUACACAAAGCGACCCGGAAGGAGCUCGAUGAUUCAGAUCCACGGCGUACGUGGUACUUACCUUUAGGAGUGGUCAUCAAUCCCAAGAAGCCGUCCAAGGUUCGUAUCUUCUGCGAUGCAGCGGCCAAAGUGGAUGGAGUCGCACUCAACACGAUGCUGUUGAAAGGGCCGGAUCUGCUAAAUACGUUGCUCAAUGUUCUAUACGGAUUCCGGGAGAAACGGGUCGCUCUGUGCGCAGAUCUGAAGGAGAUGUUUCACCAGAUUCGGAUUCGACGAGAAGAUCGACAUGCGCAACGACUGCUUUGGCGAGAUGAUCCUACACAAGCCCCCGAUGUGUAUUUGAUGGACGUCGCAACGUUUGGUGCAACGUGUUCACCGUGUUCGGCACAAUUCGUGAAGAAUUUGAACGCUAAGGAGCAUUCAAGACAGUAUCCAGUUGCAGCCGACGCAAUUAUCCGGAAGCACUACGUGGAUGACUACUUGGACAGCGCUGACGACGUUGACGAAGCGGUGAAGCUGGCACAUGAAGUCAAACUGGUCCACUCUCUCGGCGGAUUCCAUCUGCGGAACUGGCUUUCAAAUUCCACCGAGGUUCUCGCACGGGUCGGGGAGAGAGACCCAGUCACAGAAAAGUGUCUCCAGCUGGACAAGAACAGUUCAACCGAACGCGUGCUCGGGAUGUACUGGAAGCCGGUCGACGAUGUCUUCACGUUUACAACGACGCUAGCGGUGGGUGCGGAGCAUCCAACUAAGCGCCAGGCACUGCGAGUAGUGAUGAGCCCAUUCGAUCCGGCAGGAUUGUUGUGUUUUUUCCUCAUACACGGCAAGGUACUAAUCCAGGAGCUGUGGAGGGCGAAGACGACAUGGGAUCAACUAAUUCCGGAGGAGUUACUUGGGAAGUGGAUGCGGUGGACGAGUUUGUUCAAACAUCUGGACCAGAUUAGCAUUCCGCGUUGCUACUUUCCGCAACGUUCGGUGAAAGAUAUCUUGUCGCUGCAACUGCAUAUCUACGUGGAUGCUAGCGAAGAAGCUUAUGCGUGUGUCGCUUACUUUCGGGCGGUAUUUCCGGAUGGGAUUUCUGUUGCGUUAGUCGGUGGGAAAUCCAAGGUGGCUCCACUGAAGGCACACUCCAUCCCACGGUUGGAGUUGAUGGCGGCGGUAAUCGGAGUACGCUUGAUGAAGACCAUCCUCACUGGGCACUCGCUCGUAGUCGAGAAGACAGUGUUAUGGUGUGACUCUAAGACGGUGCUGGCUUGGAUAAAUUCAGAUCAUCGAAGAUAUCGCCAGUUCGUAGCUUGCCGAGUAGGUGAGAUUUUGUCCAAGUCGGAGGCGAAGCAAUGGCGUUGGAUAUCAUCGAGAAAGAACGUCGCCGACGAUGCGACAAAGUGGGGAAAAGGGCCGUGUUUGUCCUCAGGCGGCCGUUGGUUCCGUGGUGACAACGAUUUAUAUUUGCCAGAAGAUCAAUGGACCGUAGAUGCAGAUUCAGUCGGCGCGACGACCGAUGAAGAGCUGAGGUCGUGUUUGGUGCACAAGGAGGUUAUCGUACCGCCACAACUUGUGAGGUGGGAGCGAUUCUCGAAACUGACGCAUUUGUAUCGAUCGGUAGCACAUGUUCAUCGCUACGUACAAAAUCUACGGCGAACGGUAAAACGAGAGACUCGACUGGACGGACCACUCACUCAAGAGGAAUUAGCAACAGCCGAAACCACAAUCUUUCGUUGGGUGCAGUGUGAGCAGUAUCCGGACGAGGUGGCGACUUUGUCAGUAAUGCGGGACAAGCAGCCAGGACAACAGGCGCGGCUAGAGAAAACCAGCAAAAUAUACAAACUGUCUCCGUACUUGGACGAAGCAGGUGUUAUUCGUUCUGAUGGAAGGAUAUCUGCUGCGACCGUCGCCGCGUUUGACACUAAGUUUCCAGUAAUAUUGCCGAAAGCCCAUCCAGUGACUAGACUGCUGGUUGAUUGGUACCACCAACGAUUUCUUCACGCCAAUGGCGAGACUGUCGUGAACGAAGUGAGACAGCGUUUCCACAUAUCGCAGCUGCGCCCGUUCGUGCGUAAGGUGGCUAAAGAGUGCGCCUUGUGUAAAGUCAAGAAGCCAAGUCUGGCGACACCCCGAAUGGCUCCACUCCCGGCGGCCAGGUUGCAGGCGUACGUACGUCCAUUUUCCUACGUAGGCGUCGACUAUUUCGGGCCGAUCGGCGUGCGGGUGAACCGAAGUAUUGCAAAACGAUGGGUAGCUCUGUUCACGUGUAUGACCACACGAGCAAUCCAUCUCGAAGUCGCUCACACACUUUCAACGGAAUCUUGCAAGAUGGCGAUCAGGCGUUUCAUCGGACGCAGAGGAGCACCUGUGGAGAUCCGCAGCGACAGGGGCACAAAUUUCGUGGGAUCGAGCAACGAACUUAAGCAGGAGAUGGGCAAAAUCGAGCGCCAGCUUGCCGAAACGUUCACCAACGCGAACACGAAAUGGGUGUUUAACCCACCUGGAUCACCUCACAUGGGUGGCGCCUGGGAGCGUCUAGUGCGGUCGGUGAAAACCGCUCUUGCUGCAAUGGAGUCUUCUCGAACGCCGAACGAAGAAACGCUGGCAACGUUGCUAGUGGAAGCUGAGAGUGUGGUCAAUUCGAGACCGCUAACAUAUAUUCCUCUGGAGACGGCGCAACAGGAGGCUCUAACACCGAACCACUUUCUUCUAAUGAGCUCGAGCGGCGUAACGCAGACUCCGAAGACGCUUACGGAUCCAAGACAAGCCUGCAGGAACGACUGGAAUCUAUGCCGUACAAUGGUAGAUCAGUUUUGGCGCCGGUGGGUGCGGGAAUAUCUUCCUACCAUCGCACGUCGUACCAAGUGGUUUGAGGAGACAAAACCGAUCGAGGUAGGAGAUUCGGUGAUCAUCGUGGAGGAGAAGAUACGCAACGGAUGGAUUCGAGGACGUGUAGCCAAGGUCGUGGUGGGCCGAGAUGGGCGAGUUCGCGAUGCCGUGGUGCAGACUCCCGACGGAAUGGUGCAUCGACCUGUAGCAAAGCUGGCGCGGAUCGACAUAGAAAAGGUGGGGCUUCAGCCGGGAACAGCAGAAGGUAAAGCUGAACCGGAGAUAGCUAACCAGCCUUACGGGUCGGGGAGUGUUACGGUAUGUCCCGCUGACCCCUUCCAACUCCACGGUCGACCACCUGUCGGUGAAGGACAAUUUUGAUGUAGUGAGGACCAUUUGAAAUGGAAGGAUAGGAAAAGGGAAGAAGGACCGUUUGAAAUGGAAGAAUAGAAAAAAAGGAAAAAAGGAUCGUUUGAAAUGGUAGGAUAGAAAAAGAUAGACGUCAUGCACAGAUGAGAGGAAGAUAUAAGAAAAAAUAUAGAUGAAAUUUGUUAGUUAGUAGUUGAAAAUAUAGACCAUUGAAUUCGUGAACAUCACAAGCAAAAAUUUAAAUCCCGUGAUAGUAGCACAAGAAUACUGUCGGUCAGAACGGACGGUGUCGGAUUGUUCAAGUUAAGGUUAGGACAAACGUGGCGUGAAUUUGUUCGCCCUGAAAAUUAACAUUUUGAUCCAAAUUGUAGCUUUAAACGGAAUAGUAUUCCACCUGCACAAUUGUUGGGAAGAAGAAGGAUUACGUAUUGAACCGAUGUAA